CUCAGUCUUUCCCACCAAACUACAAUAAAUCUAAUUUAUAUUCUCUAACUAAUUUUUCGGGACUCGUCUUUUUUGUAAAAUCUCUUCCUUCCAAGCCAUUGUUUGGUGAGAAUUAAAAUCUUCCAUAGAGUAUCAGAGCUCAUUUGAUUACUGAGUCGAAAACUGAAAAUGGCAUGGAGAGGACAACUCUCGAAAAAUCUCAAAGAGCUUCGGAUCCUAUUAUCUCCCCAUUCAAAUUCCAGCGCUCCUUUGAGGGCUUUUGUUGAGAAGAACUACAAGGAGCUCAAGACCCUCAACCCUAAAUUACCCAUUUUGAUCCGGGAAGCCACAUCCGUUGAGCCCCAGAUUUGGGCCAGAUACGAUUUGGGAGUUGAAAAAGGAGUCCAUGUGGAAGGGUUUUCAGAGCAGCAAAUUACAAAUGCACUGCAAGACUUGGUGAAGAAUGGGCCAUCCUCCUGAAUGAAAAACUCCCCAAUGUAUUGCUAUUUGCAUUGUUACUUGCUUUUGUGUGUAGUCUUUUAACUCAAUAAGAAAACACAGUCUGGUGCAUUAAUGGUGAGGAGUGGCUGAAGUUCUUCCUCAGACCCUACUUUUAUGGGACUCACUAGGGUUGUUGUUAAGUGGCUAAAGUUCUUGUCCACCCAUCCCAUCCAUUAUAAAGCUUUGUAAUGUUUUUUUCCUUGUGUGAAAAUCUUCAGUUCUUAUCCCUCCCUCGCAAUUUGACAGUUGAAUGGAUUUGAGCCUGAAUGUAUCUUCAUGUGUUUAUAAUGGAGGGAUAUGCUAACACUUUUUCUAUAUGUUUGUUUAAAGUACAUUGAGAUACAACUAAGAAACCAAUAACAUUAGAUUUGUUGA